CAUCUUUCAUUGACCGCACCAAACCCCUCUGACCUCUCACCUCUCGUUCAAAUCCCAGCAAGAUAUCAAUUGGGGUUUGAUAAAAAACCAGUCUUUCAUACUUUCGCAGCCAAGGAAAAAUAAUGGGUGGAGACGGAAAGGUUUUCACUUUGGCCGAGGUCGCCGAGCACAACACCUCCAAGGACUGUUGGCUUGUCGUUGAUGGCAAGGUAUAUGAUGUGACAAAAUUCUUGGAAGACCAUCCCGGUGGUGAUGAGGUCUUGUUGUCAGCAACAGGGAAGGAUGCGACUGAUGAUUUUGAGGAUGUUGGUCACAGCAGCACUGCAAAAGCAAUGAUGGAUGAAUUCUACGUUGGAGACAUCGAUUCAUCAUCAAUUCCCACAAAGACCACUUAUACUCCUCCCAAGCAGCCUCACUACAACCAAGACAAGACACCAGAAUUCAUCAUCAAGCUCCUCCAGUUCUUAGUCCCACUAAUAAUCUUGGGCCUGGCUGUUGUCGUCCGCUACUACACCAAAUCAGCUCCUCCUGCUUAAACAUCGAAGGGACGCGUGAGUGACCUUCACAAUGAAUUUGUCUCAAAUGUUUUCAGCCUUUUGUUUUUUGCGCCUUGUUGGGAACUGCUUUGGGGGAUUGUUAAUUUUGUGAUGAAUGUGUCUGGUCUCCAUUUGGCCUGUGACUUUUCCUUCUCAAUUUAAUGUUUAUCUCCUCUAUUCUCUUUGAUAUUGCCAUUGCUGAAAUAAUAUCUAUUUUUCUUUCCCA